AAGAACUUCGACGAGAAAAGUACUUCCAAAGAAGUGAAACGAAUUCUCCUGAGUCUUUUACCACCGAGUUGGAGCAAAGACCAAAUUAAGAAUAAAGUUGGAGCUUCUGAUUGGCUCAUUCGAGAGAUCUCGAUAAACAGCGAUGAAACCAUUGAUGGAAUGGCCAAUCCCACCAGGAAGCCUGGUAAAAGGCCUUUGAAUCACGAGACUGAAGAACUUGUGAAAAACUUUCUCAGCAAUUGCCAGGAAUGAAAGAUUAUAAGUCCGUUGAAAUGCUCGGUGGUGGAAAACAAAAAAUGCAAAAAAGACUUGUGUUUUAGUUUAAAACCUCAGUACUACAUAUUGGCUGGAACUUCUGGGUCACACACGGUGUGUGUGUGUACGAUGCACGAAAAUGUGAAGCUAAUGCUGAAUGGAUGUCAAUUCACGGAAUUGCUUCCAGCAGUUGGCUGCGAAGAACCUGGGGGAAUUCCAACUUCUCGAAGUUUGUUGGACUCACUCAUUCGCCAGUAUCCGACGGAAAAAUGUUAUAAUCGGUCAUGUGAGGAUUGUCCUGAUGGUUCUGAUCUCUCUGAACUGUUCGUUGAGAGGUUGAAGCAACGAGGCAACACGGAGAUCACCUAUAAGCAGUGGACAACGACAGAUCGUUGCACAACCAUUGACAAAAGCGAUUCAGUUGAGCAAUUCACGGGAAUAUUGUUUAAAAGUUUGAAUAAACUAGUGUGGCAUCAUAAUGUCGCACAACAGCAGAGCCAACACUUGAGAGACGUGAAAAAUGAUUUGAAAGCAGGGGAAUUAGUUGUGGUGAUGGACUUCUCUGAAAAUUACGCUUUCGUCGUGCAAAGGCCAGCUCAAGCUUUUCAUUGGAACAAUAAACAAGCCACAAUAUUCCCUGUCGUCGUGUAUUAUAAGGAGAGUGAUGAACUGAAAGCUGUGUCAUUUACUGGCAUAUCUGAUUGUAACAAACAUGACACUAUCAGUGCUUACAUGUUCCAAUGUGAAUUAGUGGCAUUCUUAAAGGUAAAAUUUGGAGAAGUAAAUAAAUUUUUUUAUUUUACUGAUGAGACACCGUCCCAGUUCAAGAACCUAAAAUCAUUCUCAAACCUGGCCCAUCAUUUUGAAGAUUUUGAGAUUGAAGCUAAAUGGCAUUAUUCCCUGCUCAUGGCAAGGGACCGAGUGAUGGAGUCGGUGACACGGUGAAACGUCUUGCAAGACUUGCAAGCUUGAAAAUGACAGAUAAUCAUAUUCUCGGUGCCAGGGAUUUGUAUGAGUGGUGUCGAAGCCACAUCAACAAUAUUAGUUUCGUUUAUUGCACCCAGGAAGAUUACGCAUCUUACAAGCAGAGAUUAUCACCUCGAUUUUUUAGACCAAUAUCGGUGAAAGGUACUCAAAGCUACCACUGUGUGAUUCCAACAACUUCAACAAAUUCUCUUACAUUCAAGAAAACUAGCAAGUGUCAGAUAUCUCAUGAAAUCUUGAUAAGGUAGUCAAGUGGGGAAUAUAUUCCAUAUAUGUCAAGUGAAUUCACACUGAUGGUACUAUUAAAAUGACUAUUGAUAGUUUCUGGGCGCCUAACCUUCAUUGACUCCUUCCAUGAGUUCAUAAAAAUUCGAGAGUGUUUAUAGUUCCAUGGUUGACAUUAUUAAGGAAAAAAUCAAAUUUUCGCAAUAGAUUUGUACAUAUUUGAGAUUGAAGUUAAUGGAGAGGGGAUUUUUUUUUCCUCAUGUCUUCGAAAAAAAAAAGAUCUUUCGAGGAAAAAAAAAUUUCAAAAACUGUUGGGGGACAGGGUUAGAAGAGUGAUUUUACACUUUUUCGGAAAGGAAAACGGCGUUUUCACCGUAAAAAACACCUCGGAGUGAAAAAAAAAAUUUUUUUUCUGAAAAUUGAGAAUUUUCCGAUGAAAAAUGCUAUGUCCAAUUUUUUUUUAACCAUAUCAAGAGGAAUUUUCGUCGAAAAAACAUGAAAAAAAGUCAAAUUAAGCAUAUCUUGUGAAGGAGUUGAGUUGGAGCGCUAAAAUUUGAAGUGAAGUUACUUCUUAUCAAGUAUAAAGAUAUAUCAAAAGUUGGUAAAAAUCCCAGACUUGGCGCAAAAUGAUCGGUUGGUAAUUUGUGUAAUGACCCAUAUAUGUUAAUGUAUACUAUAAAAUUU